GACACUUAGUGAGUCAAGGGACAUGUUGAGGGAUCAAAUAUAUAAAUGUCGCAGGCACUCCCAAGCUUCAAGAGAAUUGACCACAGUCCAUAACUACAACACCCAAAGCAAACCCCAAGAAAGCAACCGAAAAAUCAACCAUGCGAGUAAUCAACAUGCUCCUCAUCGGGGCCGGCCUCGUUGCCGCGCUGCCCGCCGCGAACCAGCCCGCAACCACAGACGUGAUCGAGCACCACGUCCAACACCCCAACGGCACCGUCGUGUCCGUCUUCGAGAUGCGGCCCCGCAUCUCCGCCCCGCCGACGACGACACCCGUCAACAACCCCCGCCGCGCCGUCAACUGGUUCGUCAUGAGCAAGUGGGACAAGAAGUACGGCAUGUGCGGCGCCACGACGUGGGAUCCCAAGACGGGGACCCGGUCGCCGCUCAUCUCGGACUGCGUGGCCGUCGCGGCGCACGUUGCGGACAGCGCCACGGGAUACUACGCCGUCAGGGGGUUCGGUGACGACGCGGGGACGUUCCAGGGGUUGUUGUACUCUGGGUCGUGCUACUUUGGGAUCAGGCCCAAGACGGCGGCCGACGCGGGUAUCACGUACGCUUGGUAUAUUGGGACGCAGGAUAUCCAGGAUCUGAUCCGCGACUCGAUCAGUCAGUUUGGGAAGAAAGGGAGGGUCAGCGUUGAGGGGGAUAUGAGCUGCAAGAAUGACGAGAGCGUGAUGGAUGUCCACUGGGGUAUCUAUGGUUAUUAGGCGGGUUUCUUUUUUUGAAAAGGGCAAGGUCAUAGCCUCCCAUGUCUUCUCCAGGAGUUUUGGUGAAUUUCUUAUUUCUCGAUAGGUGCCCUCUGAGGGGCUAGGUACCUACUGAAUAUACAGAUUGGCUUUGCGAGUUGUGCUCGUUCCUAUCUGCUCGACGCGCUUGUGAGAUUCCAGCAUGAGAUAACGACGACUUACUUUGCGAGGCACGCUGGUCUCGGCACCUCGGGACGCCAUUCUCUGGGGAAAGUGUGUUCGCCCGCUCGCCGUGUCGGUUCCAGUAGGAACAGCUAAGCAAGGACGCAACCACAGGCGACACCACUUCCCCUAGCUCCAACGCCCCCGCCGGUAAAGAUUAAAAAAAUGCAACAACUUC